AUGACCUUAGAUGUUCGGAUACUAAGGGGAAAAGGCUUCUGCAAACUUGUGGGAUUUAUUGCAGACAGGCUUGCCCCCACGUCCACCAAGAAAAUAUUCUCGGGGGUCAGGAAAUUCUUUUACAAUGGCAAGAAGUUCACCCUUGGACCAACAUUAAAUAAUCUCAUUUCUCAUCAGGAAAUUUUGAGUACCAUUCAGAAAUUUAUCAGUGAGGACCAACUGCCACAUCUGCUUCUCUAUGGUCCUCCUGGGACAGGGAAGACAUCCACCAACCUAGCUUGUGCUAAACAGCUCUACAAAGAUAAAGAAUUCUGUUCCAUAGUCUUGGAGCUGAAUACUUCAGACGAUCGAGGAAUAGACAUCACUAGGAGACCAAUCCCGAGCUUUGCUAGCACAAGGACAAUAUUUAAGAAAGGCUUUAAACUAGUGAUAUUGGAUGAAGAUGAUGCCAUGACUCAAGACACCCAGAAUGCCCUGAGGAGAUUGAUUGAGAAAUUUACUGAAAAUACCAGAUUUUGCCUCAUCUGUAACUAUCUGUUGGAGAUCAUUCCUGCCUUGUGGUCACUGUGUAUGAGGUUCCAAUUUGGUCCACUGACUCCUGAACUGAUGGUCCCAUAUUUGGAACAUGUCAUGGAAGAAGAGAAAGCUGAUAUAAGUGAAGAUGAGAUGAAAGCACUUGUAACUCUUUCCAGUGGAGAUAUGAGAAAGGCUCUGAACAUUUUACAGAGCACCAAUACUGCCUUUCGGAAGGCGACAGGGAGGACUGUCUACACCUGCACGGGGCGCCUGCUCAGGUCAGACAUCACCAACAUCCUAGACUGGAUAUUGAAUCAAAACUUCACCACAGCCCAUAGAAAUAUUCUGGAGUUGUAAAUGCUGAAAGGGUUGGCAUUGCACUUGUUGGUGCACAGAGUCGACUUUCCAUCUUCAGUUAGAAUACAUUUGUUGCCCAAAAUGGCAGACAUUGAGUACAGAUUUUCUCUUGGCAUCAUUGAGAAGAUUCAUCUGAGUUCCCUCAUUGCCGCUUUUAUAGUCAGCAGAGACCUGAUCAUUGCACAGGCCUAG